AUGUUUCAGAAUAACUUGAAGAUGAAGUUCUUCAAGUUCGACAGAUCCAUAGGCUUGCAUUCACUCCAUAAGCGCACAUUCGCGUCAAAAUUGCGCCGACAUUCAAGUCUAGCACAAGCUCUCCGCAAGCAAGCUCCAAUCGACAUUCAUCCAGAAGUCGAAGACGCGUUAGGUCGUAAUAUACCUGUUGUCGCUCUCGAGUCAACCAUAAUAUCCCAUGGCAUGCCCUAUCCUACUUCGUUGGAGACAGCUCAGUCUCUUGAGAGUAUAGUCAGAUCUACUGGCAGUGUGCCAGCCACUAUUGCGCUCAUUGGCGGUCGCAUCAAGAUCGGUCUCCAACCUCUCGAGUUGGAAUACAUUGCAGACACGACUGCAAAUCCCAAUAUUACCAAGCUUUCGAGACGUGAUAUUGCUCCAGCAAUUUCUAUGAAAAGGGACGGUGCGACAACGUGCAGCGCCACGUUGAUAUUCGCAGCUUUAGCAGGCAUUAAGGUCUUUGCUACAGGAGGGUUAGGCGGAGUUCAUCGUGGUGGAGAGCGCACUAUGGAUGUAUCUGCUGACCUGCAGGAAUUGACUCGUUGCCCUGUUGGACUAGUCUCUGCGGGGGUGAAGUCCAUUCUUGAUAUAGGGCGAACUCUGGAAUAUUUGGCAAGUCAGCUUAAUCAUGUUCAAAGAAGCGUUGACCUAUCGACCAACACUAUAGGAAACUCUUGGAGUUUCUACACCGCUAGAAGUGGCUUUAAAACACCUUGGCGAGUAAACGAUGCAGGAACUGCUGCAACGGUUUUACACACACAAUGGAAGCUUGGGAUGACAAACGGAGUUCUAUUCGCUGCUCCUAUACCAGAAGAAUACCAGGCGGCUGGCUUGGCCAUCCAGCAAGCGGUUGAGCGGGCCAUCUCUGAGGCUGAAGACAAUGGCAUCCAUAAGAGUGGAAAAGAAGUGACGCCUUGGCUUCUGAAACGUGUCGGCGAGAUAACGGGAGGGAAGUCUCUUGCUAGCAAUGUCGCACUUGUACGAAACACGGCACUAAUCGGCGGUCAGAUUGCCGUAGAAUAUGCAAAGUUGGAACGAUAUACUACAGCACAAGAUGUUCAAUUACAUCCUGUUGCAAAGCUUUCCACUCUAACCAAUCUCACUAUACAAGAAAAACCAGUCUACUCCAAGACAGAGCCAUCUCCCUCACUAAUUGUCGUCGGCUGUGCGGCAGUUGAUAUAACUUCCCAACCUUAUGUGCAUCCAGACUCGAAUUCUAACCUUGUUUUACACUCCACUUCGCCUGGAAAGGUAUCCAUAUCCUUAGGGGGAGUCGGACGCAAUAUAAGCGAAGCGGCUCAUAGAAUUAUGUCUUCCCAAUCGCCUGACUUGUCUUCUGCCACCAUGUUAAUGUCUCCAGUCGGUAGUGAUCCUUUUGGCCGACUACUUAUGGAUGAAACUCGGAUGCUCGGUAUGAGAACAGAUGGAUUAAUCGCGAACGAUGAAGAGAGUUCCGCUGUCUGCAAUAUGCUUGUCGAUGCCUCAGGGAAUCUCAAGGAAGGCGUUGCUGACAUGGAUAUAACAUGUUCAUUAGAUGGAGAUAUGGUCGUGCGGUAUCUAGAAACGUACACGCCCAAAGUCUUAGCUGUCGAUGGUAAUUUGUCCGAAACCACGCUUACAACACUUGUAGAUUACUGUUCACAGAAAAUACUUGACAUUUUCUUCGAACCUACAUCGGUCAUGAAGUCGACGAAUAUCCUUUCAGCAAUUGCAGAGGUCAAAGACUUAACGCGUUCUCCUGUAACCUUUGCAUCUCCUAAUAUCCUUGAGCUUUGUCGCAUAUACCAUGAAGUGCGCUCACCCUCGUGGGACCUAAUGUCUAGUGAAGCAUGGUGGCGUGUUAUCGACGGGUUUGGACUGGGCUCGGCAUUCCGCAUGGAUUUGGAAAAAUUAGCUCGAAUGGAUGUCUCAAAGGACGACCCCAGACAAGGAACACUAUCUUUCCUAAUCAGCGAAGGCAUUGCACAAAUGGCCAUAAAUCUCCUCCCGUUUUUCGAAAAGCUCGUGAUAAAGUGUGGGGAACGUGGCGUCAUAGUCGCCAUGCGCUUAAGCGGACAUGUUGUGGAAACUUUGCCGUGGAUAUCAGCGACCAAUAGCUUCGAUGCUCGCCGUGUCAUCGCCCGGUCUAUGUCUUCACGGGAGAUGGUCGUUCUGCAGCACUUUCCAGCUCUACACAUUGACAAAUCAUCCAUAAUCAACGUCACAGGAGCUGGGGAUUCACUGGUCGGCUCGCUCCUUGCCACCCUUGUGAGCAACCCCAAGGCGUUUGAGAGCCCAAAAUCAUUGAAGGACAUGGUCGAUAAAGCGCAACAGGCCGCAGUGUUGACUUUACAGAGCUCGGCUAGUGUCUCUCCAUUACUUUCAGCUAUGUCUGCAUCUAAAAAAACUCUGGAGUUGUAA